CCAAGUGACCAAUACAAGCGUGGUCUUGUGAUACGCCCACUUUCUACCGGCUCAACGGCAAGACUGAAGGAAGAAAGAUGGACGUGACCAGUCCUUCCAUGCAAACCUCCACCAUGGCGGCAAACUCAACUGUCCUUUCAGGCUCUUCUGCUUCUCUAGACCCCCCGGACAUUGCCGUCUUGGUCGUAUACUUCUUGUUUAUCUUAGGGGUUGGACUCUGGUCUAUGUACCGAACCAACCGUGGAAAUGUGGACGGGUACUUCUUGGCCGGUAGAGACAUGGUGUGGUGGGCGGUUGGCGCGUCCCUGUUCUCCAGUAACGUUGGCAGCGGCCAUUUUGUUGGUCUGGCCGGAUCGGGGGCUGCCGGGGGGAUAGCGGUGGGAGGAUACGAGUGGAACGGAAUGAUUGUCGUCCUCAUGAUGGCAUGGCUGUUCCUACCGGUGUACAUAGCGGGCGGGGUCUAUACUAUGCCUGAGUAUCUGAAGAAACGCUAUGGAGGCAACAGGCUACAGAUUUUCCUCGCCAUUCUCGUUCUCUUCAUCUACAUCUUCACCAAGAUUUCGGUGGACAUGUAUGCUGGAGCAAUUUACAUUCAGCAGUCCCUCGGUUGGAACAUCUAUCUGGCUAUUGUGCUCCUUCUAGCUCUUGCUGCGGUGUACACUGUAACAGGUGGUCUUGCAGCUGUUAUCUACACAGACACGGCCCAGACGGUUAUUCUCUUCAUAGGAUGCUUCAUACUUAUGAUAUUGGCUUUUAUCGAAAUCGGCGGCUUCACUUCCUUUGUGGAUAAGUACAUGACGUCCAUUCCUGACUACACGUUACAACACUACCCCAACUACACCUGCGGCAUUCCACGCUCAGACUCCUUCCACUUACUCCGCGACCCCGUCAAAUCGGACUUCCCCUGGCCGGGAACGGUCUUGGGCAUGACGAUCAACUCCAUCUGGUACUGGUGUGCUGAUCAGGUUAUAAUUCAACGAUGUCUGGCGGCGAAGAACAUGUGUCACGCCAAGGCUGGCGCCAUCAUGUGCUCCUACAUGAAGAUACUGCCAAUGUUCCUAAUGAUCUUCCCUGGGAUGAUCAGCAGGUCUUUAUAUCCUAAUGAGGUUGCCUGCCAGACCCCGGAAGCCUGCAGGCGAGUCUGUAACAACCCCGUGAGCUGUACAGACAUUGCCUACCCAAAACUCGUGCUGGAGCUGAUGCCUACAGGUCUGAGAGGCUUGAUGAUGGCCGCCAUGAUCGCUGCGCUGAUGAGUUCUCUGACGUCAAUCUUCAACAGCGGCAGCACCAUCUUCACAAUGGACGUCUGGAGGAAAGUGCGGAGGAAAGCCUCCGAGAGGGAGCUCAUGAUCGUUGGAAGAGUUUUCGUUUGCAUCUUGGUCGCCAUCAGCGUGUUGUGGGUACCCAUCAUCCAGUCUUCCCAGGGUGCCCAGCUGUUUGUCUACAUUCAGGUCAUCAGCUCCUACCUACAACCACCUGUCACGGUCGUCUUCGUCAUGGGGAUCUUUUGGAAGAGAGCCAAUGAGCAGGGGGCAUUUUGGGCCCUCAUGUUAGGGCUAGGAACUGGUUUACUCCGGAUGACACUGGACUUCAUCUACCCCGAACCAGCUUGUGGGGAACCGGACACUCGUCCAGACAUCGUCGGGAAUUUCCACUACCUAUACUUUGCAAUCUUCCUCGCAGGGUUUACUUUGAUAGUUCAAAUCAUCGUCACUCUUCUGACCCCACCGCCCCCAAAGGAACGGCUUGUUCGCCUGACUUGGUGGACACGAUUUGAUGAUGGUGAGGAGAAAAAAGAACCGUCAUCGGAGGAUGUAGAACUAGAUGGGGACAAGGCAGAGAAGGACAUUCAGCCAACCGAAAACCAAGAGGAAAAAACAAACACAAACCAUGCCCUACAGACAGAGGAAGAUGCCGCCAUUGACGCUGGCAAUAAACAGUCCAUCUUCAAGCGAGGUGCGCAGUGGUUUUGUGGAUUCUCCAGUGAGCAGUCUGCUGGGCCCACAGCUGACGAAAAAGUCAUGAUGACGUCAAUCAAGGAACCCCGGACCUGGAGACUGGUGCUGAACAUUAACCUUGUCAUAGUUGUCGCUGUGGCUUUGUUUUUAUGGGGAUUUUUCGCAUGAUGAAACAUAAGAGCGGAAGGGAUGCCUAAUGCCCCGUCAGGAAAUGCGAGAGGCCGAUUCUAUCAUGUAACGUUGUUAACGUGACAUAUAGGACAACGUAAGGGAAUGCGUAAUUGCAUAAAAUGGAUGCCACAAAUGCCUCCAUUUAGGGGGAAUAUAAGGUACUAGUAAAUAUGAUGCCCUGAAAUCCAGUUUGACAAACUCACGAGAGUUACUACAGAAUUAUUGUAUUCUAGAGCUCAAGUAUGAUAUACAGAACAGUUUUAAUGAUGUAAAGAUGUAAAUUUCGUGCCUCACCAUACAGUAAGUAAAUGGGAUGUUCAACAUCUUAAUUUUUCCAAAUCACGUUGAUUUGCAUAAUCUACGUUUUCCGGACCUGUUAGUACUCUGAACCGCUAGUUGUUUAAACUGACUACAGUUAAAUCCUACGAAUAUCAUAGCUCUACCAGGCAAUCAAUGACUUACACAUACUGUCUUGAGAUUCAGAAUCCUUUAUUAAGAUAUUUCGUCGUAAAAGACCACAGAAACACACAGUACGUUAAUCUAAAUCCCGACAUCUAAUCCUAGCUAGGCAAGCCGACAAUGUACAUGUAUAUGGACAUGGACAUACUUACAGAGGCUGGGCAAUUAGAUGCUUAAACGUUUAUUACACUGUUAAGUCCACGUGAAGCAUUAUGUGUCAAGAUUGGGACGGAUCCUUACGUCUGCUUGGGGAGUACAUACUGCUGCAUGGGUGUCUUUGAGCACUGUUUACAGAGGCUGUGUGUAAGUACAUACGGAGUUGGAAAUUGCCUUCUCUAUAACUAACACAUCCAGCAAGCUUCAAGCAAUCUGUUCUAGUUACAGGUUGCUGCAGAUCAAAUUGAACAUCUGACUAGUAGUUUUUCUGCAGCAUGAAAAACCUAGUAACACUCUACACCUAACGCCCGAUUGUUAUCAAAAAAUAACAUGUGACACGUUAAGUUGAUAUUAUGAAAAAUGGUUUCAUCCUGGAGCAUGCUUCAAUCGGCCACAUAUCUUUCUCUGUAUAUACGUUUUGAAGUUACCCAUGGGUUUUUUUUGCAAACAUGGGCAAUGGUGAGAACCAUUCAUUUCAUCCAGCGUCGUGGUGUGUAUUUGCUAUUUGUUUGUUUACUUGAUUUGUUGAUGCACUAGAAGCCUUGAGAGC